AUCCCCACCUCGGCGGCGACGAUGAACGGGGGCGGACGGCGGCGGUACUCCUCGGAGCAGCUCAUGUUCGACGUCCCCGCCAAUGCCGGGGCCGCGGCCGGCAAGUGGGCCCAGCGCGGUGGGGUGCGGCGCGGGGACGGGGAGAUCUUCGUGUCGGUGGAGCCGACGACGCCUGCGCGGCUGCGCGGAGGGGAUACGGCGGCGGAGUCGCCGGGGCAGAGGCAGCAGCUCAGCCCUGGGCUUCUCGAUCUCCACUCCUUCGACACGGAGCUUAUCUCAGAUUUUCAAGUGCCAGGAAUUGGGAUGUAUGAUGGUGCCCAAAAGUUUGGCUAUGGCUAUGGAGGUUUCGAUGAUUCAGAUCCAACCUUCGCUCCAAAUAAACAGAUGAGCAAAUCCACUGUUUUUGCUGAAAGUAAUUUCGUCAAGGCCUUCCCUGAGAAAGAGAAGGCAGCUCCUGUUGCGAAAAUCAAAGUAGUGGUCCGCAAAAGACCACUUAACAAGAAGGAGAUAUCAAAGAAAGAAGAAGAUAUCAUAGACAUUGAACAACAGUCAAACUCCUUGACUGUACAUGAGACUAAACUCAAGGUUGACCUCACUGAAUAUGUUGAGAAACACGAAUUUGUGUUCGAUGCUGUUCUAGAUGAAGAUGUUUCGAAUGAUGAGGUUUAUCGAGAAACAGUGGAACCUGUUGUUCCUGCUAUUUUUAAUCGUACAAAGGCUACCUGUUUUGCGUAUGGACAAACUGGUAGUGGGAAGACCUACACCAUGCGUCCACUACCUCUUAAGGCCUCCCAAGACAUUCUGAGAUUAAUGCACCAUACGUAUCGCAAUCAAGGCUAUCAGUUAUUCGUGAGCUUCUUUGAAAUAUAUGGUGGAAAAUUAUUUGAUCUUCUCAAUGAAAGGAGUAAACUCUGCAUGAGGGAGGAUGGGAAACAGAAAGUUUGCAUUGUUGGUUUACAAGAGUACCGGGUGUCUGAUGUUGAAACCAUAAAGGAGUUGAUUGAGAAAGGCAAUGCCACCAGAAGUACUGGUACUACUGGUGCAAACGAAGAGUCAUCAAGAUCCCAUGCCAUUCUUCAGCUUGCUAUUAAAAAGCGUGUUGAUGGCAAUGACUCAAAACCACCUAGAUUAGCUGGUAAGUUAUCGUUUAUUGACCUCGCUGGCAGUGAGCGUGGAGCUGAUACAACGGACAACGACAAACAAACAAGAAUUGAAGGUGCUGAGAUCAAUAAAAGUUUGCUUGCGUUAAAGGAAUGUAUCAGAGCGCUAGAUAAUGACCAGACCCACAUUCCUUUUCGAGGCAGCAAAUUAACUGAAGUAUUGCGGGAUUCCUUCAUUGGGGACUCACGCACUGUCAUGAUAUCAUGCAUUUCUCCCAGUUCUGGUUCUUGUGAGCAUACUCUGAACACGUUGAGAUAUGCUGAUAGGGUGAAAAGUCUGUCAAAAGGAAGCAGCACCAAGAAAGAUUUGCCUUUGGCUGUUGCACCUUUAGGAGAGUCAAGUCCUUCCCCAUUGGCUUCUGCUCUGCCCUCUUUUUCAGCAGCUGAGGUUAUGAAUGAUAUCACUGAAAGGAGCAAUUUUGGUUGGCCCAAGCAGCAGUGUGCCAAAGAGCAGCAAGCACCAACGUUUGUGGAUAGAAUGCCCAAGGUGAAGGAAGAUGCUGAAUUUGGUCUGUCAAAUGGUGGUUUUUUCAAGGAACAAAGAACAAAGGGCAGUGGGCAAAUGGGCAUAGCUGAAAUACCUGAUACAGUGUACCACCAGGGAAGGCAACCAGCUAGGAAGGCUCGAAAUUCAGGGUCAGACAAUAACAUGAGAAAUUCCAUUGCUUAUCCAAUUAGAAGGGUUGUGCCAGAUGAAGAUGACCAUUUGAAUGAGCUCCUCCAGGAAGAGGAAGAUUUGGUAACUGCUCAUAGGAAGCAGGUGGAAGAGACCCUGGACAUCAUCAAAGAGGAAAUGAAUUUAUUAGUUGAAGCAGAUCAGCCUGGCAACCAACUAGACGACUACAUCACAAGACUAAGCGGCAUACUCUCGCAGAAAGCUGCUGGAAUUGUCGACUUACAAGCACGUCUUGCACAAUUCCAGAGGCGCUUAAACGAGAAUAAUGUGCUACUAUAUGCCCAGUGCCCUUGAUCAUAGGAGCUACCUAUUUGUGGUGAGAAUAACGUGCCAGUCUAUGUCUAUGCCAGUGCCCUUGAUCGGAGGAAUUGCCUAUUUGACAGUACUACGAGGAUGAUCAGAAAAGUGGGCUGUGUCAUGGUUUGCUGGCAUGCUCCCGCUUUGAUGCGGCCUUGCCUGGUCAAUACAGCUGCAGUUCACAGCCCAUAGAUGCAAGAGAUGCAGAACUAGAUGGCUAGUUUACUGCACUUUGUGGUGGCCGACUUCGUAAACUAUUUGUACCCGAGUUGCGCCGGUUAUGUCCUUGUGUAUAUCGUGUAAUCUGUGUCGUCACAGGAUUGUCCUGCUAUUUGUUGCUCAACAAAUACACUUUUUCUGUCUGAUGUUUUCAGAGUUUUGGCGAUAAUCCAUUUUGCAACCAAACGAAGUUGAUUCUGUGGUUGUCAAUUGUCAUGCCUCUAACAGAACCUGUGGUCAUCUAGCCAUCCGUUUUCUGAAGCCUA